AUGGAAUCAGAUUCGGAUGUGGAACCGGGUGGCUCCAUUGCAAAUCGAGGACCUGCCGUCUUGGCCGUCACGAUAGCUACUCUGGUCCUCGCCUCGGUUUUCGUUUUUGCGCGCAUGAUUUCUCGCUAUUUCAUUGUCAAAAGAUUCACAUGGGACGACCGGACUAUCCUCUUCGCAUGGCUCAUCUCCUUCUUCUUGUCCUUCACCAUCUGCUUGGGCGUUGCCAACGGACUCGGCAAGCACGACGUCGACAUUCCCUCAUCACAAAUCGAGACUCUUCGCCAUUGCGAGUAUAAUCCAGCCUUGAUGGCAACGAAAACGAGCAUCCUCAUCUUCUACUUGCGCUUAGCUAGAAACACCCAAGUGCUCUUGCGCUUCGCUUCAUGGCUGAUCCUUAUCAUUGUCAACGUUGCAGGGAUCGUCCUCACCUUCAUGAACAUCUUCCAGUGCACGCCUGUACAAGCUGCUUGGAAUGCGAAUUAUACAGGUUCGACGAAAUGCAUCCCCCUGCUGACCGAGUUCAUCUGCGCCGCUCCUGUCAACAUCGUUACGGACCUUGCGAUUCUUGCGGUGCCGAUACCCGUCUUGACCGGCAUGCGGCUACCCUCGCGGCAAAAGACGAUUCUUGUCGUUACGUUCACUCUGGGUGUUUUCGUUGCCGUCGUGGAUGUCGUCCGAGUCUAUUACCUCCAGCAGGCCAUCACCGACGUCCCCACUGGAAUCACCACCGACCCGAGCUCGAGGUUCGGUGGCCAAGCUGACUUUGCCUACAACGCAUCGCUGGCGCUGAUGUGGAGCGCCGUCGAGGUCAAUGUCGGCACCACCUGCGCCUGCAUUCCCACCUUGAAGCCUCUGGUCCUUCGCCUCCUGCCUUCUAUGCUCUACAAUCCCAAGAACAACAAUGGCAACAGGCCCAGCCCCGGCACCACGAGCGAGAAGAGCCAGACCCGGCGAGGCUCGGCCAACCGGUCGGUGGGUAACAAUAUCAACAACUCGGGGGUCAUGAAACCGGAGCCUGUCGCCCAUGGUGCCCUUGGCAGUGGUCGACAACACGUCAGCCCCGGCCCGGAUGCGCCCAUGAGCGCCAUGGAGUUCCUCACCACUCCCGAUAUGACGUCCCUACCCCUUACCCACUCUGCGAAUCGCUCCCGCACCACCAACACAAUCUCGACGGACCAUUCCUACGAAAACGGCGUCUAUUUUGGCUUCGUCAACAUGACCAAGCCCAAGAGCAUGCUUCGAGCCAACAGCAGGGAGUCGUGGAAAUACUGCACCAUUGUGGCCAUUCUCUUCUUUCUGUGGGGAAUUUCGUACGGACUGCUGAACACGCUCAACAAUGCGAUUGCUGCGGUGGACAAUAUGAGCACGGCUCAAACAAUUGGCCUGACGAGCGCUUACUUUGGCGGCGGCUACUUCUUUGGUCCCCUUCUGGUCGGCGAAUGGAUUCUGCGACGAGACGAGCACAGCCGAUCCAAGCGUCAUCGGCAAAACGACGAAAAUAUUGGGGGCUACAAGGCGACAUUCAUUACCGGCUUAUGCAUUUAUGGCACGGGGACCAUCAUCUUCUGGCCCUCUGCCGUCACUAACUCCUUUGGCGGCUUCAUGCUCAGCAACUUCGUUGUCGGCUUCGGCCUUUCGGUCCUCGAGGUCGCUGCAAACUCCUUCAUGGUGCUCUGCGGGCCACAGGAGUACGGCGAGACUCGCCUCAUGCUGGCACAAGCCGUGCAGGGUGUUGGCAGCGUACUCAGCGGCCUCUUGGCGCAAAAGGUCUUCUUCACGUCGCUGAGCCACGCCGAUCCUGAUGACAGAGGUAGCAGCACUACGCUGAUCAAUGUCCAGUGGACAUAUCUCGGCAUCACGCUGCUCUGUGUCGUCCUCGCUCUCUUCUUCUAUUAUAUGCCGCUUCCUGAGGUUAGUGACAGCGAGCUGGAGGAGUCGACGAAGCGGCUGCCGGUUGACCCAACCAAGAAGAGCAUUGGCGGUCUGCAGUUGCGAACCGUCAGUCUCAUCCUCGCCGUCAUGGCCCAAUACUUGUACGUGGCUGGCCAAGAGAGCAACAGCACGUUUUUCAAUAGUCUUCUCCUUUCCAUGCUGCCGUCACAGCCCGAGUCCGGCGUGGGGGCGGCCAGCGAACUGGCUCUCUCUCUAUCCGAUUAUCUGACGGUUGGACACACGGCUUUUGCUGUCUCCCGAUUUGCCGCCGCCUAUCUCACCUAUUCGGCGGUCAAGAACCCUCGGCUGCCUCAGCCACGAACCGUCCUCAGCUUCUGUAGCUUUCUCUGUUUUUUAUCCGCUCUUCUUUGCGUUGUCAUACGGCCUUCUAAUGCGAAUCUGAUAUUCAUUCCCGCUUGUCUGUUUUUCUUUGCCGAAGGGCCCAUUUGGCCUCUCAUCUUCGCCAUAGGCAUGCGCGGCCAGGGCAGAAGAACGAAGCGCGCAGCCGCUUUCAUCACCAUGGGCGCCUCUGGUCCUGCCUUCUUUCCCUUUGUCAUGUACGGCAUCAUCAUCCAUGGAGGCACCGUACAAACGGCGUAUAUUCUCAUCGUGGCGAUGCAGGUGGUCAUGAUGGCCCUGCCCCUCUUCCUCACGCACGUCAAGGAUGCCCGGCUGAUGGUGGAUCCGCGAGAGCGUCCCAAUGACGAAGUGGUUGCUGAAGGGGUGCUUGCCGACGGAGAGCCUCGUGCUGAUCCGGCUGCUGAUCCGGCUGCUGAUCCGGCCACCAUUACGACCGAUUUCUUCAGGGGGCCUGCGGUUGCGGAAAAGCCUCCCCGCACUUUCUUGGGAGUCGUUUCCAAAGGACUGAGCGCAAAGCUCAAUGGGUCUCGUCGCAAAUCUUCGCCUACACUCGAGGUCGAGCAUAGCGAAGGCAGCCUCGAAACGUAA